UUUCAGUUUGUACCAGCUCAAGAGUUUUAGGAUAUUGGCUUCGAUACACUUCGGGAAGCCUUUCUCAGAUGAGUAUACUUAAGUACCUGAGCGCGCGCAGGAGUCAGCUCUGUGCUGCAAGAAACUACCUUAAAGGCUGCAGCUUCUACCACCAUUCACCAUCUUCAAACUUGUUAUAAUAACAUUACAUCUACAAGCCAUUCCGACUCUGUCAAUCUCUCUCCGUGCAAGAAUGAGAUUUAGGGAUCAAAGUCAUUGUAAAGUUUGAUUUGAAGGUUCUUAAACCCAAACAUUGUCAUCUACUGAUACUCACGGGUGGAGAUAUGGAGAGGGUGGUUUCUUUUCUUGGUUUUCCUACAAUACUUCUAUAUUUAUGCGAUUAAGAAUACUCGGAUUGUCAUCUCUUCACACAGCUCCAAACUCCUCUGUUGAACUUCACACUCAAGAUGAGGAAGUAGUGAUUGCUUUGGGAAGUAAUGUUGGCGAUAGACUACAGAACUUCAAGGAAGCCUUGAAAUUGAUGAGAAAGUCAGGCAUAAACAUUACAAGACAUGCGAGUCUGUAUGAGACAGCACCAGCGUAUGUUACUGACCAACCUCGCUUCCUGAACUCAGCAGUAAGAGCUGUUACUAAACUCGGGCCACAUGAAUUAUUGUCUGCACUGAAACGAAUCGAGAAGGACAUGGGCCGUACUGACGGUAUAAGGUAUGGUCCAAGGCCAAUGGACUUAGACAUUUUAUUCUAUGGUAAAUUUAAAGUCAGAUCUGAUAUUCUCACAGUACCUCAUGAAAGAAUUUGGGAACGACCUUUUGUCAUGGCCCCUUUGAUGGAUUUACUGGGAACAGCUGUUGACAAUGAUACAGUUGCUAGCUGGCAUUCAUUUUCAGGCCAUUCUGGUGGACUAAAUGCAUUAUGGGAAAAAUUAGGUGGAGAAUCCCUUAUUGGAGAGGAAGGUAUGACUAGGGUAAUGCCUGUUGCAAAUGGCUUGCUUGAUUGGUCGCAAAGAACAUUGGUCAUGGGGGUUCUUAAUUUGACUCCAGAUAGUUUUAGUGAUGGGGGAAAUUUCCGGUCUGUGGAAUCUGCUGUUUCGCAGGCUCGGUUGAUGAUAUCAGAGGGUGCUGAUAUAAUUGAUAUCGGUGCUCAGUCUACUCGGCCGAUGGCAUCGAGGAUCUCUGUCGAAGAGGAAUUAGGUAGAUUAAUCCCUGUACUGGAAGCUGUAAUGUCAAUACCUGAGGCAGAAGGAAAACUCAUAUCGGUGGAUACUUUCUACUCCGAAGUUGCAUCAGAGGCAGUGCGCAGAGGGGCUCAUCUUAUAAAUGAUGUAUCUGCCGGGAAGUUAGAUUCAAAUAUGUUUAAGGUCAUGGCAGACCUUGAUGUUCCUUAUGUUGCAAUGCACAUGAGGGGUGAUCCGUGUACAAUGCAGAAUAAUGAAAACCUGAAAUAUGAUAAUGUCUGCAAGGAUAUAUCCUCAGAAUUAUACGCGCAGGUUAAAGAGGCAGAAAUGUCGGGAAUCCCGGCGUGGAGGAUUAUUAUGGACCCUGGAAUUGGAUUCUCAAAGAAAACUGAAGACAAUUUAGAGGUCCUUGCAGGAAUACCUGAUAUUAGAGCAGAGUUUUCAAAAAGAAGUUUGGCAAUCUCUCAUGCUCCUAUACUAAUUGGACCUUCAAGAAAGAGAUUUUUAGGUGAAAUUUGCUCUCGCACUUCUGCAGUUGAGAGGGAUCCUGCUACCAUUGCUGCUGUUACUGCCUGUGUGUUGGGUGGGGCUAAUAUCGUUCGAGUGCAUAAUGUCAAAGAUAAUCUAGAUGCCAUUAAGAUUUGUGAUGCAAUUCGAAGACAAAAAUGUUGUCCGGUGAAAUUUGGACAGUGAAUUGUCUUGCUAUCACUGUUUUGGUGCUAAUUUUUUUUUGUGUGGUUCCCAUGCCACCUUCCUUGUCUGUGUGUUUGGCUUCAUGAAACAAUACUAGUACUGUUUUUUACCAUGUCUCGCUGCUGCUCCAGUGUCAUAUAUAGAACACUACAAUGAUGACACUGCAAGAGCAAAGAAGCAUGUACUACAUUGAGUUGAAGGACAUACAGAAUGGGAAUAAAGUUUACAUCAUGUAUUUAAAUCCUCAUCUUACCAUUUUAUUUUUAUUUUUAAUGUAUUGUAGUUAUUUCAGUUCUUGCCAUGUAUUUGAUUCACAGAUUAUGAUUCCAACAUUUUGUAACUUAAUUGAUUCACAGAUUUUUGUCAUAUGCAAAACAGCAGCUGAGUCCUUUUCUUUUUUUGAGGAAUCAGCUGAGUCCUAUUUA